UUAGUGAACAUCUGGGUCUUCGCGGACCUUCGCGGCAUACCAGCACUUGGCAACGCUGCGAUCGACAUGUUGCACGAACGCGUACUAACUGGACGUGGGCUGUCCACAGAGAUGAUCAAAUCUCUCUUUGAAGAGACGGCUGCUGGGUCCAAGCUGCGCUCGUAUGUUGUCAACCUACACAAAGCAAAUGUAUCUCUUGAUAGUGUGAUAAGUUACUCAAAUUCGUACACGCCAGAAUUCUUGUGCGAUGUACUGCCAGCCAUUCAGGCGGAUGGGAUAAGAUGGAUGCACACAGUUGAUUUCCUGCACGAUGUGCUGCCAUCAUUGACGCGCAAGACACCGGACGAUCACAUGGAUAGGUCAAAGAUGAUGAAGCUCAACCGCUGUCAGUGGCAUGACCAUUCGGGGCCAGGAGGAAGGUGGAGGUGCAUUUAUUGCAGGCAAGAAAGCGUGUCUGCCGUGGACUUACUCAACGGAAUGAAGAUUGAUGGGAUGGAUUGA